AUGCCGAUGCUUGAGCACGUUCCUAGCGGCUAUCAAGCUGCUACUGCAACAGCUACAUCAAAGACUAGUGUUCAUUUGCAGUCCAACUCAGGAGACUUCAUAUUUACGUUUGACGCAUUAAGACCUGGACUUUUCCGAACAUCUUUUACCUCUCCAAAGCAUCUGCUGCCGCCGCAUCGAGCUACUCCAGUGCCGGACAAGACCCUAGACGACACAAAAACGACUUUGGUCUCAUCAAACGCCACCUCCAAGUCAUUAGCCGUCGAUGGCAUCAAUGCCAAUAUAGACUGGGAAAGUGGCGUACCCAUUGUUUCACUCACACUUCCUGGCCAAAAAACACCUAUUCACGCUGAUCUUCCCAACCGUUCAUACGCCGCCGAUGGACCUGGAGUGUCACAUUACACGCGUUACAAUAAUGGAACGCUUCAUCUUGGACUCGGAGAGAAGCCAGCACCAAUGGAUCUAUCAAACCGUCACUUUGUUCUUUCUGCCACCGAUUCUUUCGGCUACGAUGUGUAUCGUACGGAUCCCAUGUACAAGCACAUCCCGCUCCUUAUCAAUGCUACCCCGGAUGGCUGUGUUGGUAUCUUCUCAACAUCGCAUGCUCGCGGGUUCUAUUCUGUAGGCUCAGAGAUGGAUGGCAUGUGGGGACGUUUCAAAGUCUACCGUCAGGAUUACGGCGGCCUUGAAGAGUAUCUUCUAGUCGGAAAGACGCUACCAGAUAUCGUACGCAUUUACGCUGAUCUUGUUGGCUACCCACUAUUAGUACCACGAUGGGCGUUCGGUUAUCUGGCCGGCGGUAUGAAGUACUCCAUGACGGACGAUCCUCCCGCAAGCCAGAGUAUGAUAGAGUUUGCUGCGAAGCUAAAGGAACACGACAUCCCUUGCUCUGGCAUGCAAAUGUCAUCUGGUUAUACGGUUGCAGAGACGGAACCAAAGACGCGCAAUGUCUUUACGUGGAAUAGGCACCGUUUUCCUGAUCCAAAAGGAUGGAUCGAUGCUUAUCACAAAGAGGGUAUCAGGCUUAUUGCUAAUGUGAAACCGUAUGUGUUGGGCAGUCAUCCAGAGUAUCAAAGGCUUAAAGAAGCUGGUGCGUUCUUCACGGAUUCCUUGACUUUGGCAUCUGCUGAAGCGAGACUGUGGAGCGCGGGUGGAGGUGAGAGCGGGGUCGGCGGUCAUAUUGACUUCACAUCCAAGGCUGGAUAUCAAUGGUGGUACGAAGGAAUUCGCGAGCUGAAGCGUGUUGGUAUCGACUGUAUCUGGAACGACAACAACGAAUAUACCAUCCCGCAUGAUGGCUGGCAGUGCGCCCUGGAUGAACAGACCGUCAUCCAAGAGCCUAAGAGCAGCGACUACGGCAACAGCAUUGGAUUUUGGGGCCGCGCACUCAACACCGAGCUAAUGGGGAAAUCUUCGCAUGACGCCUCCCUAGACAUAGAACCCGCACAACGGCCUUUCAUCCUGACCCGUAGCGCAACAGCAGGAACCCUCCGCUACUGUGCUAGUGCCUGGAGCGGGGAUAACAUAACAUCAUGGCCGGGCAUGAAAGGCGCUAAUGCCCUUUCUCUCACUGCAGGAGUCUGCCUAAUGCAGUGCUACGGCCACGACAUAGGCGGUUUCGAAGGUCCACAACCCAGUCCCGAACUCCUCGUCCGCUGGUGCCAACAGGGCAUCUACAGUCCGCGCUUUGCCAUCAAUUGCUUCAAAACGGGCAAGGACAAUAGCGUCGGCGACGUUAUUGAACCUUGGAUGUAUCCUGAGGUUACGGGGCUGAUACGCGAUACCAUCAAACGUCGUUACGAACUCAUUCCUUACCUGUACUCGCUGGCUUUGAUUUCUCACACGACUGCCACACCGCCGCAGCGAUGGACUGGUUGGGGAAACGAGAGUGACCUGGAGAUCUGGGCGAACAAAGUGCUCACAGACGGCGAGACACAAUACUGGCUUGGUGAUGCACUGCUGGUCGGCGGUGUCUUCACUCCCGGUGCCGAGACUUCUAACAUGUAUCUCCCCAAGGAUUCAGCGAAUUCCGAUGCCGCAUUCCUGGAUCUAAACAACGAGCCGCAGACGUACUAUAACGCUGGGCAAUGGGUCGAUAUCCCAGCGCAUUGGCAAUCUAGCAUCCCCGUCCUGGCGAAAGUAGGAAGUGCAAUCCCAGUCGGACGUGCCGAACAAGUCCUCUCCGUAGGCGAGACAGGUAAUCCGGCAAAUCUACCACUAGAUGACUACAGAGGUGUGGAAGUUUUCCCUCCGAAGGCUUCUUCACAGGGCAAGGUGUAUACAUCUACUUGGUAUGAAGACGAUGGUGUUUCGCCGCCACCAGCCAAGAUCUCAGUCUUCACGAUCAAGUACGAGACGACUGAGACUCAAGUACUGGUUCAGUAUGAGGAGAAGUUGCAAGACGGUUUCUGGCCUCACUGGCAGGAGCUGGAGAUUAUCUUGCCAAGAGGUGAUACGAGGAGUGUGGUGUUCAAUGGGGUGGAUGCAGUGAAAACGGAAGUUGAUAAGCUAGGAAGAGGAAAGUGGAAAGGUAGUAUCAAGGGGAGAAAGUAA